UUGAUCCUUGAAUUAAAACCACUGAUUAAUGGGUUGUAAAAGUUGAAAACGGAGAGAGAUUUAAACAUCACGGAAUCUUCUAGUUGCAUACCGUCAUAAAAGAUAUUGCUAUCUGUUAAUACCACUAUAACAAGUAAGUUUUAAGCUGCAUUGUCGGACCCACCUAUGAUCCACUAAAACUUUUUCUCCUUACUGCGUGCGAGGCUAACAAACUAACAUUCUAUUCUAUUUAUUUUCCAACUCAGAGCUCAUUGUUUAUUUUCUUGUUUAUCAUAUCGUCACCGAUACCGUCGGCAUUUGAUGAUUUUGAUAAAUAUAGUGAUCCACGCCAAUCAUGCCUGAAGCAACCUCCCAUACCGAGGAGUUCUCCGUCCUACCAAUCUCCAUACCACCUCUCCCAUCAUUCCCCGUCAAGGCGAUACACUACCUUUAUAUACGAAGAAAUGCUCCCAAGAUACCAACACCCGAUGACUCCCGAAGUCUUUUCAUAGCCAAUGUCCCAAGCGACAGCACUGAAUUCCACUUCAGAGUGUUGAUUGCUGGUUUAAUCGGAGCUGGUAAAUUCGAGAGCAUGACGUUCGAAAAUGAAAAGAAACCCUCCAGAUCUUCCCACGAACCAGCCCAAGCGAUAAGACUAGCAGCGCAUAGAAAGAGGAAGAGAGGCGAUGACGAAUCGCAGCGCGAAAGAGAAGAAAUUGCCGCCGAGUUACCAUCCAUGUGGAAUCGGCAAAUAUAUCGAAGUGGAAGCUCUGGCGUUGCCUUGUUGGUUGAUGAUAGGGCUGUCGAGCUAGUCCUAAAAGCUGUGAAGAAGCUCAAGAAACCAAAGGAUUAUCCGAUCUGGGGAGACGGCAUCGGUGACAAGGCAGAAUUUCUGGGCUCGGAGUGGCUCAAAGAACAUAACAAAUUGUCUUACCCAGGCAACGAUGUGAUUCAAGCUACGAUGGACGCCUACUUUACCGUAUUCAAUCGCAAAGAAAGAGAAGCAGAGCAGCUUGCGAAGAGGUUGCGCAACGAACCAGACGAAGAUGGCUUUGUUACAGUCACGCGAGGUGGUCGGGCUGCUCCUGCUAGCAGAGAUGAAGCCGAGGAAGCCAAACAAAAGAUGCUCGAGAGGCAACAAAAGAAGAAGGACGAGAUGACCGAUUUCUACCGAUUCCAAAUGCGCGAGAAGAGGAAGGCUGAACAAAUCGAAAUACUGAAGAAGUUUGAAGAGGACAAGAAGAGGGUACAGGCCAUGAAAGAGAAACGAGGAAAAUUCAGGCCCGAAACUUGAAGUUGGAUUAUUCAGCUUCGGUUCGAUCAAUGUUUAGCUUAGGCUGACCCUCACAAUCGUCGAUAAGACAUGCCGCCAUAACCGACUCUUCACAGACCUACCUGAAGGUACAUUAGAUAUCUUCGGCCUACAAAGAAACAUACGAGAAAUAACUGUUACAUACUAGUUAGGGAAUCACGUUUCCUAGAUGCCGCUCAAAGGGCGUCGAUGUCACACACGAAGGCGAUAAUAAGCCGUUAGGAGCUUCGCGACGUUCAAUCCCGAAAACGAGACAUCUUUCGCAUUGCGCGUCCGAAUUCGCUGUCGUGAUAUCCUCAACCGGAUAUAUAGCGGACGUUGUUGGGGAAGUCCGACCAACACACAAUUAAAGAAUCCUUACAUAGAAAUGACGAUAACCUCUAUCCAACAAAGCCCUAC